AUGGGAACGUUAUGGUCGUGGUAUCACAAACAGCCGGACCACGGGUACACCAGAAUUGUGUACGCCAACGGCGGCGAAGAGGGUUCGAAAAGGUGCUGGGACUCGUUGUCCCAGCUCCAGUCCUGCACGAACGAGUUGGUCCUGUUUUUCCUCAACGGCGAGACUUACCUGGGCCCCAGCUGUUGCGACGCCAUCCGAACCAUCGAGGACCAGUGCUGGCCGGCUAUGCUCGGCUCCCUCGGCUUCACCGCGGAAGAAGGCGGAAUCCUCCGCGGUUACUGCGAUGCCGCCGGGUCCGUGUCGGCGCUGCCUCCGCCGAACUACGGCGGCGGUGCUAGUGUGAACAGCUCUGUUGGUUCGAACCCGUAGUGUACAUUUUGAGUUUCCGGAUUUCGAAUAAAGAAAAAUCUGAAUAAACUCUCCACUAGGAAGCUGUGCCUCUUGAAAUUAUAUUAUGAAAAUAAGUUUUUAUGACCCAAUUUGGA